GCUCGAGUCCUCUGAAGCAGGCGGUCAACGUGAAUCGAGGGAAAAACCAUGGCUGUUAACAAGUGUAUCAAAUACCUUCUCUUCUUCUUCAACCUUCUUUUUUGGCUGAGUGGUUGCCUCAUCCUGGCCGUCUCCAUCUACCUGAGAGUCAGCAAGGGUGGAAACCAGAUCACCGAUCAGUACUUCCCUGCUGUCAACCUGAUGAUCGCCAUCGGCGCGAUCAUCAUGGUUCUCGGCUUCCUGGGCUGCUGUGGAGCCCUCAGAGAGAGCCGCUGCAUGUUGCUGCUGUUCUUCAUCUUCCUUCUCAUCAUCUUCAUCCUUCUGGUGGCAGCAGGCAUCGCAGGAGCUGUGAGCCAGAAUAAGAUGCAAGAUUGGGUGAACAAGCAGUUAGAAACUAUGGUGCCACUCUCAUCCCAAACUCAGUCAGUGAUAAAUGACCUGGAGAAUCUGCAGAAAGAUCUCAAGUGUUGUGGUCUCGUCAACGGAAAGUCUGACUGGAGUUCAGUCCCAGAUUCCUGUCGCUGCAACUAUACCAUAGGUGCCACCCCUACCCCCGGUGCUGAGUGUGGCUCAGAUCGUUACUACAGCACGCCCUGCUCCACCCGAAUCGUCAACCUGAUGAAGGACAAUAUGGUGAUAGUGCUGGGAAUUGCCUUCGGCAUCGCCGUCCUGCUGAUUUUCGGCUUGGCUUUCUCCAUGGCUCUCUACUGUCAGAUCGGCAAGAAGGACGGACCUACCACCAACGCCUGAGGCACCAUCAUCUCUGCCCAAAUGUAACCGCCAUAUAUCCUCCGUGCUAAUCUAACUCAUCCUGUGCUUUCACUGUGAAGGAGCACACUGAGAUAAAGCUUCUUAUACACGAGUAUGGCGUCCCAAUGGUUACCAAAGAAACAGACCUUUCAUAUAAUCUGUAUUUUGUGUAAAAGGCAUUAUGUUACCUGAAAUGAUAAAAUAGUUUGUGUCAGAGAGAAAGGUGAAGCGAACAGCUUUAAAAAUCACCCAGUAAAUGCAAAGUAAAUAACUGCAAUAUAAUUAAAUUUUGUUGAUUUAAAAUUUCCCAAACCUUGAACUGUUAUGAGUAUGUUGGUUAUGAUUUGAUUGUGUAUUUGACAAUGUAUGGAAGCCAAUUGAAGGCAAAAAUAUUCAAUCAAUAGCCAAGUUA